CAACAUGCAGGCCGGCAGGGUGAUAAUGGCUUGUGGGGCAGGUAGAACUACUGUAUCAGUUAUCUUCGCGUCUGGACUUCACCUUCACUUAACAUCAAGUGGGGUGGAGUCAUUUGUCGGACCUACGAGUAUCUAGAAAAAAAACUUUCAGCCAAAGGCACUUAAAUCCCCGUAGCAUGCGUUUUCUGUUAGUUUUUACCACUGGUCACUCGUAACAUCAAGUCUGGUAAAACAAAUUGUGUAAAUAGAAAUGUAUUGCGUCCGGAGUAGGGUGCGGCCAAGCGCGCGCACUUCAACAACAAAUCGGCCGUCGAGCUGACACCGCCGCCCGACGAGCUGGUACCCAUGCUACCCGAUGAGGGGUUCCAGGUGUCCACCGUCAUCGCCGGCCUCAUGCCCGAUUCCUUUGGGGAGAUGUUCAACUUUCUCGACGGAGACAGCUUCGGAAUAGGACCGAUGCACGAGUUCGUGUACGGUUGGCAAGCGAUAGUCAACACAAUGAGUAUGAAGAAUAACGUCGAAGUUCGCAAGCGCGCCGGCUUGCAGCGGUUCGCGUUGGCCGGUAUAAACGGGAUCACCCUGAUCUCGCACAUCGGCGUGACGGAGAUCAUGAUCAACGGGACGAGGUCUUAUUGCUUCGGCGGCGUGUCGAGGCCUCCUGGCAGAAGAAGUGUUAUAUGCAAGGGUGCGAUGUAUCAAGAGGGAAGAUUUACAUGCAAAGUGCCCUACCUCAGGUACCCAACCGUCUUAGGCUACAGAUAUUGUAUCGACAAAUAUGCUGCUGUCUCCACGAUGGACGGCACAUAUAGAACAACGUUCUGCGCUCGCGGCGAAUCCAUACCCAAGUUCCAUUACGACUAUAUCUGCGAGCGCAAGGAUAUAAAAUUGAAGAGAAUCAACCUCACUGACCCCAACGAGAGGUUCAACAUUCGGAACCCGGUAGUACGCCGGGCUGAAUAUUACAGGGCGCCUUAUGACAUACUGAAGGCCUGUCCUGAUUGGUAUGGAUGCAACCUUAGGAUAUCGAAUGAUGCGCUCCAUCACGAAGAACAGUUGGCCAAGUUACCGUUGGACGCGAACGAGACAGCCUUCGUCGGCCACGGCGGAAAGUAUUGGUUGGCCCUCUAUUACACUCAGCUGUCUACUUAUGCGAUAUAUUUCCAAGCGCAUGGCGAAUAUCCCUGGCAAUCGAACAGGCCGAUUGUGUCCGUUGAUAAAGGUGGCAUCUGGGAACAACUGCUCAAGGCUAACAUUGGGCCGGACAUGAAUCUGCACUACAAUUUGAACGGCAUCUACAACAGGUACCCUGGCUCGGCACCAGUGGCGCCGGACGUUAUGAGAAAUGACGGCCAAGUACAGCCAGCUAACUUCAGAACUGACACUCGAGAUGCGCCGUCUGAAGAUAUUUUGCUAGGAAAAAUUGAAGGAGAUAAUUCCUACACCAAAUUCAUUCAUGACUCGCAGAUACAAGCAAACUUCGAACACGGGAAGAACUUCUAAUAUAUUUAUGUUUUUAAUACCUUCUUUUUCAUUCUAAUAAAGGUACUUAUUA